AUGCUCUGCGAGAGAGGUCGAAAGAACGAGCGUGUUCUCCACACAGAGGCAAUCACGGAUAGCAGGCCGUCGUUUGUCACUGCUCUGCUGACCGGCUGGCUGAAUGGCUGGAUGCUGUGUUCGCACGCGAUGGCCAUCGCCAUCGCCAUCAUCGUCUCACCGUCGCUACGGUCGUCUAACCACUUAAACGGCGUAAGCGUACAACACAGCAAUGGUCGUCGAACGUCGCUUUGA